GCGUGUGUGUGUGUGUGUGUGUGCUCUGAGCUCGGAUGAGGUUCCACUCUUCUCUCCUCUUUCUCCUGCUGUUCUUACUCAGUUUUAUCUGCUGUUUAUUGUGAAAAUGAAGAUGUAUAUGAAACAGCAGGUGAUGAAAGAGUUGUAGAUGAAACUACCUGACAGUAAACAGUUAGUGUCAGCAUUAAAAUGCUGCUGACAUGUUCAUCAAAUACACCACAUUGAUCUCAUCGUCACUCUGAACUGUCCUCACACACUGUUGGAGUCAAACUGACACAUUUUGACUUGUGAAGUCAGUGAAGCUCUAAAUUCCAUCUUUUAAAUGUGUUUGUGACUCUUCAGCUCUGUCUCCUCUCACAGGGAGAAGAUGAUCUGCUGCAUCCUGCUGCUCCUCACACUCACCUCCUGUGUCUGUGGAACAUUUGUAGUGAACGUGACACAGAGCUCCUAUCAGGCAGAGGAGAAGCACAACAUCACACUGGAGUGGAGCUUCACAACCAAACCUCACACUCCAUCUGACUUCCUUAUUAUCUUCUGUCAGCUGUUUACUGAUCUCAGACUCUCAGUCCUGUAUCAUCUACAUGAGGGUGUUGAGUCUCAGGAUGAAGAGUUUUCAGGACGAGUCCAGUGUGACAAAGACGUCCUCAGAGAAGGACGAAUCAGACUCCAUGUGUCCAGACUGAGGACUGAGGACUCAGGACUGUACCGGUGUCAGGUCCUCACCUCUGAUGGGAGGAGCUCUGGUAAAUGUCACCUCAACGUCUCUGAAGCGAGGGAUCGGCCUGAACCUGAGACAGAACCUGAGACAGAACCUGGAGAACCAAACACAGCAAGUCGGGGAAGGAUCGGCCUCUACUGUGGACUGGGACUGACAGCAGCUGUUGUUCUGACUCUCUGA